GUGGUGUUUAUCCAGAACGUGCAUGGAGGGUGCGAUGAACCAUCUCGAAAAUGAACGGGACGAAUGUGCUGUCAUGGUGAACCUGUGUUGUAAAACGUUGCAGCUACUGCGUUGUCGUGUUGAAUGUGGAGUUUAAAAAUGGAACAAAUGGAAGUGGAAGACGACGGCUACUGCAUCCUUGCCAUGCGGUCGUCCUAGAAUACCAACAGCCUUCUUAAAGGCCACCAGCCUUUGUUCCCAGCACAACCACCUAUCUCACCAGCUGUUGUAUGAAGUUCCUGUUUCGGAUCAGUGCUGCCAUAGAAUGAGGUAGCGUCGUCAAGGACACUCGGUAAAGGGUGACUUCAAAGGCAGCAGUGCCCUUGAUCAUGCGGGGUGUGACCGGGCCCCGAUCUACACGCCGAUGGCUACUGUGGAUCUUGGUGUCACUUUUGGUCUUCAUUAUCUUUUACUCUGUCAUUGGACCAUGCAGCAAUGGUGCCUACAAUCUGACGUUUGUCGCUCCUGAGAGAUUUGUCUUGGGUCCACGUUCAAAGAAAAUCACCUACAACAAUGACCUUCCCCUGAUCUUCAUCGGCGGCAUGCCUCGUAGUGGGACAACACUUGUGCGAGUGCUUCUGGACUCGCACCCUGACAUUCGAUGUGGUGAAGAAACAAGGGUCAUUCCAAGGCUUCUUUCGCUGAAACAGCAGUGGGUAAAAAAUCCCACUGAAAUGCACAGACUGAUCGAAGGCGGCAUUACUGACGAGGUGCUAGAUGCUGCCAUGUCGGCGUUUAUUUUAGAGAUUAUAGUGCGCCAUGGAAGACCAGCACCACGGAUGUGCAACAAGGACCCAUUCACUCUAAGAGCUGCUACAUACCUUCGCAAGCUCUUUCCCAAUUCAAAGUUCAUCCUUAUGGUUCGUGAUGGAAGAGCUGUUGUACACUCCAUUAUCACUAGAAAGGUGACAAUAACUGGCUACGACCUCUCUGACUAUAGGCAGUGCCUGAAGAGGUGGAAUAUAGCAAUGUCAUCGAUGCAUAGUCAGUGCACGCAGCUAGGUCCUCAGGUGUGCAUGCCUGUCUACUACGAGCAGCUUGUGUUACAUCCCAAGACGUGGAUGCAGCGUAUCCUUGCUUUCCUUGAGUUACCCUGGAAUGACUCUGUCCUUCAUCAUGACAAGGCCAUCAGUCAGUCUGGCAUUUCACUUUCCAAGUUGGAGCGAUCAACAGACCAAGUAAUCAAGCCCAUUAACCUGGAAGCACUGAGCAAGUGGGUGGGCAAAAUUCCAGACAACGUGGUGAGGGACAUGGCGUCUAUAGCACCCAUGCUAGCCACACUAGGCUACAACCCACAUGCAAACCCUCCCAACUACGGCCAGCCAGACUCCUUUGUGCUCAAUAACACGUGGGAAAUUCGAAGAAACAGCGAAGAGUGGCACGCCCGUGAGGAUCAACUUCGGAUAGAGCGUGAGGCAUUGCGUAUGGCCAUGGCACGCAGAAAGGAAGAAGAACAAAAAAUGUCUGACCCUACACAUGAACCUCCGAUGCAGAUUAACGAAGGUGUAGCGGGUGGGUGAAAGGGCGUAGCAGUGUGUGUGGUGAAAGCAUCGACAUUGUCAAAGAGAGGAUUCUGUGGGUGUAUGAACACGCUGUGAUGUGCAUGAGCGUCCCUAAUGUGCUGCUAUAUCUGUUCCUGUUUUGGUCUCCUAAUGUUUGCUCAUUUAAUUGCUGAAUCAUUUACGAGAUUGGAUGAAGUCACGAGGAAGCACAUGUCCUGCGCACACCAUGUCCGUCGAAGUGACUCAAUGAUAGACAGAGAAAGAUUUUAACGCAUCUAGGCUAUGUUUUUUAAUUUAAAUAAAUAUAAAAUAAUUAACAAACAAAACUUUGACUGUUUAAAGAGUCAAUACAAUGACUUGUAUGCAGGGGCAGACCUAUGCCCCCCCCUCCAGAAAACUCCUGUGUCUACCCCUGUUUGUAUGUCGCACACACUGUGUAGCUCCUGGCCAUUUCCUAGUAUGAUGAGCUGCACAUAUUAGGGCUGGUUCAGAUUUUCUUGGGUUAGAUUUCCACAAAUUUUGGGAUGUAACUAUCAGUUUCUUCUUUCUUUCUUUUCUUCUGUGAUUCUGGGUGAACUUGGUUUUGCAUUCGACUGUUAUCAGAUUAUGGUAAAAAACUAUUUUGGCCAACAUCCCCAAGGACUACACAUAAAAAGAAGCUGGUCUGGAAAAAUGCUUGCGUGUUAUGCAUGUAGUAGGCUCUGGUUUCAGAUGUGCCCGGUGUCUGGCUACAGUAUCUUUGCACAUUUUCGAUACGAGAUAUUUGUCAGGUCAGAAGAUGAUCCAGAGCAAAGUCGGUCCCUAUUCAUAACAGGUGUAUAUAGUGUAUAGUAGGACAAAUGUCUGCAUGUCGAAUCAUGUACCACAGCUAAAUUCAGAGGCUAAAUCUUCCAUUAGUAAUACUGGCAUUGUAAUUAAUACAGCAUUCCAACUAUGAGAUUUUAUGUUUGUCGUACAUCAAGAUGAUACUGUAAUUGAUAAUGUAUAGUUUAGAAUUUGUGAAAAGCAGUGUGAUCAAAGCAGGUGCUCCAGCUCAAAUUUCAUGGAAGUUAUCAGCUUUUUAUGUUUGCAUUACUUCAAAAUGGUAACGCACGGUUCAGAAUUUAUUUUGUGAAUACCAUGUUGCCAGAUUCGAAUAGAGCAAGGUGGUAAGUGCACCAUUCCUCUCCUGACUGUAGUGUCAGCACUGGAAGUUAAUGAAGGAGGGUAUAUAUGGAGAUUUUUUAUCAAAUACAGAAGGUUCAAAACACAGUCAUGUUCACUCCACCUCCUACCUUCAGAAACCUCAAAUGAUGCCGGCAUCUCGACAUGUGCUGGAGACCAUAUUAGUGUACAUUUUCUGCGAUUUUUCUUGUAGGCAUUCGUAUGUACAGAACGACUGGGAAAGUCCAGUGUUACCCACUACCAUGUGUACUAACUGGGCGGUGCAAAUUGAAGAGCGAUGUCAAUGACCUCUUAGCGUUGCACAGUGCAAGUAUAACAUGAUCGCAGGUGUGCUUUUCUUUUGACACAGCCAGAAGUAUGCCACCUUUGCGUCCAAUGAGCAGUAGUGGCUUGAUGUGUUGCUUCCAAGCUUUGAUGCUACAAUGCUUUCCAAGCUUACUGUUUUGGAAUUAGAAAAAAAAAAAGAUAAAUGGCUCAGUGCACUCAGUGUACUGCCGAGGCAGCUUCAGAGUAACCUUUUGGUUGUAAACAUUCUUCCGGUUGUUGGAUGCUGAGGUGAAACAAAAAUUUUAAUUUCAUCAGCACUCCAUCUUUGUGACCUCUAAAGGGUUCCAUAGAAGACAUUUCCAAAUAGUUGUUCACAUGGGCCGCAGAACAUCCUCCUAUCAGUAAUGUGUGUGCCAUAGGAACGAACUUGUACUAACUGACCAAUAUUCAGGAGUAAUGCCGUAGCCAAAGAACUCUGAACAGUGUAUAUUAUAUGGUUAUGUAUAUUACUCUAUGAGAUUAACAUAUUGCCAAAGGGAUCUCCAGUGCUUUGGCAUAAUCUUUGCAGAAGUGAUGAGCAUGUGCAGAUCCUGCGUAGGCCCUGCAAAUGGUAGGACCCUCCCUGACUUUGCUCCUCUUCCACGCAGAGACGAUUUCUUCAAAAUUGUUUUUUUACCUCAAUAUGCCAACGCUAAUGAGACAGCAUUCCAUUCAAUGUCAAAGGAGGAGCUAGUGCGUGUACAUGCUCAGUUGCCACCUGUCGUCAUGCUUUCAGUUCUGUGUACAUAACAAGCAUGAGUGUAUUGAUAGCUUAUGUACCUAUUUGAUGACACGACAACAAAAGUACAGAUCGUAAUAUAGUGAAUAUAUUCUGAAAUGUUCAGCUUGGGCACGUGGAUGCCACUAGGUUUUUUUCUACAAGAUGUUCAAGGCGACAAAAGCCUUGGUACCAUGAAUGAAGUAGUCAGAAGACAGUCGUAUGUUGUCUAUAGAUGUAGAAAAAUUCUAUAGCAGGUUACCUUGUGGAUGACAUCGUAUGAUAAUGCCAUCAUCACAGGAUGGUGCUUAGAAAUUCAAGUGCCUUCAUGUUUAUCCAGCCAUUUUUGUGUGCCAAGUAUUCUGUCUUGCGUUGUGUUUGAGUCUUAUGUUUUUCUGUUCUGAAAGCAUGUAGUGACAACUGUGGGACCAAACUGAGGACAUCCACAUUUUUUAUGGGCAUGGAGAUGUGCUUCACUGUUGCUAGAAACUGUGUGUCGAGAGUUGAGUGCAACAUGAGUGCUAUAUACAUAGAGGACACAUAUGUACAUGUAUGUAUAUUUUGUGGACUGUGGAGUAAUUUAUUGAGGAAUAAUUAUGUGGAUGAACUGAAGUUAUGGUGUCUCCUUGCUGCAUUUUUAAUUCCAAUUGUGCAUGUUAGCGAUACUUAGCAAAACUAUUUUCUUGCACUGUCACUUAAUAUUGAGACAUCACAUAAGCAAGCUGAUGGAAAACAUAUAUUCUCUGCAGACGCUGUGCCAUUUUCAUGCUUACGCUCGUUCCAGCCAGUCUUGCAGACUUGCAACCUGCUUCUCCACAGAUUUUCUGCUGGUGCCUCCUGUUGCUUGAUACUGUUCCACUGAGUGCUCAUAGUUCCACAACUCUUUAAGAUCUUCAUCGAACAGUGGUCUGUGUGACGGCACACUAGCCUCAGAGAGUGAGCAAAGCGAGGCAACACUUGAGUAUUAUUUCUUGUACUUACGAGAUACGCUUAGUUUCUGAAAUUUCGAGAGCUUCUAUCCCAACUGCUUUCGUUUCAGCAAGGGCUACCAGGUUUCCGACUGCGUGAUGUGCUUCUCGGAACGGCAUCUGUCGAGAACAAACACGAAUGGGACAACUCCUCGCUGGUGGGAACCUCUUUAGCUUUCAUACCCCUUUUCUGACGAGGUAGUAAGCAACGUCAGUCGACAGCAUCUCUGAACUGAGAGCCGACGUACAAGCUCCGCGAUGAAGCUGCGGAAUGCAAGCAAAAUAAUUUAGCGUCUCUAUGAGCAGUUGCACGUGCAGGCAGCCUUGCCUUCAGAGUUUUCAACGUUCCCGCUGCAACCAUCAGCAUGCUGAUAAGAGUAUCAUAUGCGUCGAACAUAAGUGCCUUAUCUUCCUAAUAGAAACGUAGCGAAGACAAAUUUAAUUUCGGUUUAGCACUCUGUACGUAGAAACGUCCCCACUAGCAGACGUGGUGCCUUAAUGUAGGUACUGCUUACCUGUAGGUCCUUGUUAUAGGUGCUUGGAAGUCCUUUCAACACCAUUUGCAAACUGUACAGCUGUGCAGUGCUCACAGGUGAGACAUGAGAGCACGUGAUAGGAUUGCCCACAUUUAAGACCUUUACUUACGUGGCCAGAACAUCUUCCAGCUUUACCCCUUAUCAGUUCCAAGCUGUCCGGAUUCUUCUUCUGUGGCAUCAAACUGCUUCCCGUGCUGAACAGAACACAUGCAAUCGAAGUUUAGCUUUCACAUCCACCUGUUUCACAUUUUCAGGGUCUUCUCAACCUGAAUGCAUCGUCUAUGGAAACAAAUCCGAACUCUGAGGAGCUGUAGAUAAUCAUAUCCUCUGCCCACUUGCUCAAGUGAACAGCUGUCAUGGAAACGGCAAACAGAAAUUCAACUGGAAAAAAGAAAAGAUUAAUACUAUGUCAGCUUUAAUACUGAUACGUUUCUGGAAAGGGAACAUACCCACAAAGUCCCUGUCACCAACCGCCAUCAUGCUGUUUUGUGAUAUUCCACCAAAGUUCAACGCUGGAGUUUUGAGUACAGCACUGUCAUUGCACAACUCUUAUGUCGUACAUGAUUGGUUAGCGAGACUGCAUAAUAUUGUGUUUACCUGAUGCAAGGCGUUCUCUGUCAAUACAAAAUGGGUUCCCGGCAAGUGCACCACUGUAAAACAGCCAUUUCUAAGGGAUCAUCAGUUUGUGCUGAAGACCUACCUUCCUAGUGGGCAUAUGUCUGUUCUUUUGAAAAGAUCUUCAAAUCUACUUGCGUCUUGUUUUAGAAACCAGGCAUAGCUGCAGUUAAAACACAAAUGAUAUUGUUGGGAGACUACUCUUAUCUAUAAUCCUUUUUUUUUUGUGGUCUUUUUCUUUAUUCAAUAAAAAUUUUCUAUAGAAUAGCUAGGACAGCAGCAUAACUCUAUUUUGACAGUUGGGUUACAUGGCCAGGCAGACAUUCUUGUGGCAGAAUAUGUGGCCACUACAGGACUAAUGCUUAAUGACUAAUUACUUAGAAUUUAUUGCUUUUUAGUUGGCAGUUUUCAGUGGAAAUGCGAGACAGCAGAAUAGGAGCCAGUUGACACUGAAGGUGCUGUUCUUUGGGCACCCCCGAUGUGCUUGAUGUUGGUGUCUGCUCAUUUGCAUUUUGUCAGCUCGUUUCAGGAUU